UUUCGGGGUGACCACCCACUUCCGGUUUGGCGGGCCUCGAUUGUUUGUUCUCCGUGAGGGGUUGCGUAUUCUGCUGAGGGGUUGUGGCCUCUUGGCUUUCCCACCCUCAAGGAAGCCUCUUCCGCGUUUUCUAGCAGAGCCGAACGUGAAGCCGUGAUCAAGAUGAUUGAAGUAGUUUGCAAUGAUCGGCUGGGCAAGAAAGUGAGAGUGAAGUGCAACACUGAUGAUUGCAUCAGGGACCUGAAGAAGCUUAUUGCUGCCCAAACUGGUACUCGCUGGGACAAGAUUGUUCUGAAGAAAUGGUAUACGAUUUUCAAGGACCAUGUGAUGCUGGCAGACUAUGAAAUCCAUGAUGGUAUGAACCUGGAACUAUAUUAUCAGUAAUGUUUUGGUCAUGAUGUUGUGUUUCCUUGUUCUGAAUUUCUCAGUCUAUGGAUGGGUUACUUUGUGGCUUGAUGUUGAGUCAGGAAUAUUUUAUCCUUGAUGGCAAUAAAUCAAGAAACCUGUAUUCAAACUCUGUUUUCAUUUAUUUGUAUUUAAUAAAUGUGAUUGACA